UCAGACACCUCGGUGGCUUGCUAGACAAGAUAGACGAACCAAUAAAGCUCUUUAGACGCUUUCGUAAUUAUUAGCCACUGUGUUUUAAAGCCUCUUCUGUCGUCUAGUUAGUUAGGUAUCCGUUUUAAUUUCAUAUUUACGGUGUUGUUGUUAUUAUUCAGCUGGCGGGCUGGUUAAGUUAGCAUUAGCUUAGCUAACAUCCCCGACCAUGUGGUCACUAAGCUACUCCCCUGCUAAAGAAGAAAGGGAUAUCACAGUAAAACAAGAAGUACAGGGUGAGGCCGUUACUGUGAAAGAAGAGGAAGACGCGUUCAGAGUGAAAGAGGAGGAGGAUGUUACAGUAAAAGGAGAGGAGGAUGCAGUUUAUGGCGUGAAAGAGGAGGAGGAAGUGAUGACUGUUACAUCGAAGAAGGAGGAGGAAGAAGAGGAGGAAACUGGAUAUCUGGGCCCGGUUUCCCAAACGCAUCUUAAGGCAUCCAAUGGUUCUAACGAUGAAUUUAGCCAUAAGAUGGUUUUAGGAAACCGUUCCCUGAUUAACACUAGAGAGAUACGGGACUAUCGUGGAUCCUCUGGGGAGCCUCAACAACCUCAUGAUGCUGACGAGGCAGAGAAGAGUCUCUCCAGAUCAGAACACCUCAAUAAACACCUGCAGAGAUCCACAGGGAAGAGAACUCACUGCUGCUCUGACUGUGGGAAGAAAUUCAACUCAUCAGGCAUUAAAAUUCAUCAAAGGAUCCACACAGGAGAGAAACAUUAUAGCUGUGAUCAAUGUGGGAAGAGUUUUACUACAUUUGACUCUCUGACAGUACACCAGAAAAUACACACAGGAGAGAAACCUUAUAGCUGUGUUCAAUGUGGGAUGAGUUUUAAAGCAUCUAGCAAUCUGACUACACACCAGAGAACACACACAGGAGAGAAACCUUAUAGCUGUGAUCAAUGUGGGAAGAGUUUUACUACAUUUGACUCUCUGACAGUACACCAGAAAAUACACACAGGAGAGAAACCUUAUAGCUGUGUUCAAUGUGGGAAGAGUUUUACUGCAUCUAGCAAUCUGACUACACACCAGAGAACACACACAGGACAGAAACCUUAUAGCUGUGAUCAAUGUGGGAAGAGUUUUACCACAUCUAGCUAUCUGAAAGUACAUCAGAGACUACACACAGGAGAUAAACCUUAUUGCUGUGUUCAAUGUGGGAAGAGUUUUACUGCAUCUAGCAAUCUGACUACACACCAGAGAACACACACAGGAGAGAAAUCUUAUAGCUGUGAUCAAUGUGGGAAGAGUUUUGUUACAUCUCGAAAUCUGACUAUACACCAGAGAACACACACAGGAGAGAAACCUUAUAGCUGUAAUCAAUGUGUGAAGAGGUUUGUUACAUCUGGGCAGCUGAAUGUACACCAGAGAAAACACACACAAUAGAAAUCUUAUAGCUGUGACCAGUUGUUUCAUGAUAUCAAUGAAAUGAUGUCACAAUGUAGAAUGUUUUAACAUUGUAGUAGGAGUAUUUUAAUGAUGUCACAAUGUAGAAUGUUUUAACAUUGUAGUAGGAGUAUUUUAAUGAUGUCACAAUGUAGAACCCUAAACGUUUGUCCCCUGUUCUAUUGAUUUCAACAUUAUAUGGAUAUUAGCCUCAGGGGGAAAAUCCAGGCUCUGAAUUGGAAGAGUACUAUUUAUGAGAUUUAGUAAGUACACAUUAUUCCCAGAUUCCGUGUGGUUUUUGAGCUGCUAGUUUUAACAGGAAGUGCAACCUCAUCUCCCUCCUGUCGCACAAAUGAUUUUAGCAUGAUAUCGAUGAGUUAUGACAAAUAAGUGUUGCGUUCCUUUGUUUAGCGACCCCUACAUUUAAAUGCAUUCCAUCAUCACGUACAACCUGAUUUCCCCCCUAAUCGAUAUCUCCUCUAAUUGAUAUCAGUGAUUUAUUGCUACUUGUCAAAACAGCGUUUCUGGUGCUUGUGCAGUUUAUAAAGUCCUUUUUUUUUAUAUACAAGUAAUAUGAUUAUUGUGGCAGAUGUUUGUGUAAAUAGCACAUGUUAUGUUUAGGUUUUCAAUUUAUCCCAAACUGUUUCUGCAUAUUGGUUAUUGAUUUGGACACGUUAAAACUGUGUUUUGACAUUGAGGCUAUCCCACCUAGCAAAAUGUAAUUGAAAAGUCGUUGAAAAUAAGACUAUGCAAUCAAAUAUUUUUUUAAACAUUUUUUAUUAUACCAUGCCUUACCAUUAAGUGAAUUAUUGACAAUACAUAUGAUCAAAGGGGUGUACAUUUGGUUUUGGUAAUUCAUGUUUACAAUUCAUGUAACUUUUAGUAAUCAUAGUUAUUUAUGCAAUCAACUGACAAUUUUCGGGUAUAAAUAUAUUGACAUUGUUGCCCUUCUUUUAGAAUAGCAGGGUUAAUUCUCAGAUGUGCCAACCCAAAUGUACUAGAGCAUGACAUUGGGGACUGGGCCCCGAUCCAACAACAUGCCUAUCUAGUGAACCCUGAAAAGAGAGAGAAGCUCCGCAGUGAGGUGGAAAGUUACUACGGAUAUCGCAGGAGUUUCUUCUUGAAAUCAGACACGUCCGCGGUAAGGACAACCUGGUUGCUGAUUGUCUCACGGGGGGCAGUCAAAAAUAUUUGUGUUUUGCGUUUAGCCAGUGCGUUGCCAUGGAUCACAAUUUAUUUUGACUGCACGGUUUUCCGUAUUGGAGAUGAGUUUUGUUUGGGCUCGUUCCAAGGGGACGAGAGUUCUAGAAGCUAGUUAGUUUUUGAAUUCUAUAGAAAGAAAAAGGAGAAAAGUUAUGAUUGUAUAUUAUUAUUUAGAAAUUGUUUUUUUUCUUGUUUUUAAUUGUUGAUAGCCAGUAGACACCAUGUUUAUAUUGGUGAAGCAUUGUGGUUGAUUAUAAUGUGAAAUGGAAGUUGUUUUCUGUUGGUGGUGAGCAAACUUGUCCAACAAAAAUAUAGGAUAUAUUUGUUGUCUUAAGGGGGGAAGGUGUUACAGGCUUUAUUGCGUAUAGCUCGUUAGCACGUAGUACGCAACACCUUUAGUUGCUCCACCUUUUUGGUUUGCUUCCUGUCUUUAAGUUUGGUGUGGGUUUUUCUUUUGUUUGGCUCUUCUUGGGCAGAUUUAGUGGGUGUCAUGGUGGGUGUCUUUUAGGUCCCAGUUGUUACCAGUCAAUUUUCAAUCGAUGCCCCCGUAGUGUCUUUCAGAGCCCAUCCUAAAAAACAAGUUAUGUUUUAGGUUGGAUGUAGCAUCAUAUUGUUAAUAUUUGAAUCAAUGGCAUUUCCUUUGCAAUGCUCAUUAGUUAGUUGUUCUUCGUUUUUUUUUAUCCUCAAUAUUUCUGUUUAUUUUCACUGUUUUUUCCUGUGAAGCCAUUGUGUUGCAUCCAUGUCUGAAAUGUGCUGCAUAAAUAAAGCUUGAUUUGAUUUCAACAAA